AUGGGAAAUACACAAUCCCAAGAAGGAUAUCAUGGAAGUAAACACGGGUCGAAGCCGUCAACGGUUUCUUCACCCCCACAAUCGUCUUCUGGUGAAGUUGCCUCGUCGUCCCGAGCGCAGAGUUUGAUUAGUAUAGCGCCUGAAGAAGUUGAGCUGGAAGAACAUGAACCAACCUCGCCUACAGACGCUGUUGAAGGCGAUGAUUCUCAACAAUCAAAGUCAAAAAAGAAAACUCAGACGUCAGCAAAGAAAACGCACGUCCCUUACAAUGGACCGCGUGUUCCUACUGUCAUCCAAUGGAGAGGCAAUGGAAACAAUGUCUAUGUUACAGGAACCUUUUCUCGCUGGAAGAAGAAGGUUCAGCUCUUAAAAGAAGACAACUUCACCGUUCUGUUGCAGUUGAGACCAUGCACACAACGGUUUAAGUUUUUGGUCGACGGCGUUUGGAGAUGCUCACCGGAUUUUCCUACUGCUACGGACGCUGAGGGUAAUUUGUAUAACUACUUGGAAAUUGAUGCGAAUGACAUAACGGAAAUGAAUAUCGACCGGCCUGAUGACAAGGUAAAUGGCCGGGAGAGUGUUGAACGCGAUGAGGAGGCCGAACAAUACGUCUCCGAAAUCCCCGCGUUCUUGUCGAAUAAUGCACUCGGUGAUACGAAACUCCCUUCACCUCCUUCUCUCCCUCCUCAUCUUGAAAAGUGUGUUCUCAACUCGAACACAGCAUACAAGGAAGACCAAUCCGUGCUUCCAAACCCUAACCAUGUGGUACUAAACCAUUUGGCUGCCGCUAAUCUACAGAUGGGUGUGUUGGCUUUGAGUGCUACCACCCGUUAUCAUCGAAAGUACGUCACGACUGCUGUUUUUAAGCCCUUUGAACCUUAA